UUGGUGAAGUUUUACAUCCCCAUGAAACUGAGACUGCAGACCAUCUGCAACGCAGGGGCUACCAAUUUGACGUGUAAUAUCCAUGACGAAGAAAAGCCACUUGCAUUUUAAGACGUGAGAUUCCACAGGAAGCCCACGUAAUAAAACGACAUGAAAGCCACAGUGCUGCUGCGUGCGUCUUCAAAAGUUUCAGUAAUUGUAACUUUUUCAUAUUCACUUUCAUUUUAUGCAGAUCGUGCCACAAACCGGCUACUUUUAAAACUAUCCUGGAGAAAAUAGAGCAAACGUGGCCAUAAACUUGUAACAAGUGGCAAUAAACACUAGCUGUACCCAAACCUACUCCAGUGAUGAUGGUCCAGCGUAAUACCAAGAAUUUGCUUCAAAUAGUUUUCUAGCAUAGAAUAUUCCAGAUCCAAUGGAAUACUCAGAUGAACAGCUCAACUUCUUCAGGCUGUGUCACAUCGUCUUYGAUAUCGUCCCUGAAGGUCUGAGAAAGAUCUUUAAACAAGAAUGGGAUGCUUUAUACACAACUGCGCAUGGUCAGUGGGAUGACACGCCUGUCAGUUAUGCCUCUUUUUAUAGUAUGGAGUCACCAGGCAGUCGAACGAGAAAAAGACGUCUUUUAGGUUUGAUGUCCAAUGGAAACAGAGCGAAGUGGGACUGUACAAGUUUGUUUCAUGCAAUACUGUUCUCAGGUAGCGUGGGAUCCAACAUAGGACCUGUGGUGAAAACUAGUGUCGAUGAUCUUCGUGAAAUUCGCAAUGAAGUAGUGGCACACAAAAACGUUGGAAAGCUGAAUGAUGUGGAGUUUAAAAUGUCCAUUCAAAAGACCAAAGUAGCACUCUCUUCGUUGAAGCUUGAUACAACAAAAAUCAAGAAAAUAGAAAAACGGACUGAUUUUAUAACACAAGAACAAAUUGAUGAAGUAAAGAAAGAGUUGGAAACAAUCAAAAAAGAGUUAGAAGAUGAAAAGCAACGUAAUACAGAACCGAAAUCGUUUUGUCUGCUGCCUCCUCAACCCUCUCAUGAUACUAUGGAACGAACUAAAGAGGUUGACGAUUUAUUCCAAGCGAUGCAACAAUUAUCAACUGAAAAAAAUGGAGAGACGACAACAGUUUACUUGUCUGGAAAUCCAGGUUCUGGGAAGAGCGUAAUGGCAAGAAAAGUUGGAGAGAAGUACUACAAAAGUGAUGACUCCAAAGAGACAUUAAGAUUCGUUGCGACGCUUAAUGCUUCUACCUUGGAUGCAAUACUCAACUCAUACGUAAUCCUUGCUGAGAGAUUAAACUGCUAUCAAGACUGCAUAACAAGCAUUACUACAUCAAAAGAUCUUUCCAAAGAAGAACAAAUUCUUCAUUUAAAAUCCGUUGCUAAUAACCAAGUGACCAAGUAUUCAUCAUGGCUGAUUAUUGUAGAUAAUGUUGUCGAYCUGAAAUCGUUUUCUCAAUACUGGCCACAAAGUGGAGAAAAGACAAGUGGCAAGGGACAGAUUCUUGUCACCACACAAGAUAGUCCCUCCAUUGGUGUUAGCUCGUACUGCCAUCACAUUUCAAUCAGUUCUGGUAUGACAGAAAACGAUGCAAUUGAAGUACUUUGUGAAGUAUCAGGCUAUAGAUCUGAGGACAACAACAUCAUGCUGAAAGUAUCAAGAGCGCUGGACUUCCAGCCACUUGCUUUAUCCUCAACAGCAGUUUACAUGCAAAGUGUUCGCACCGUUAACAAACAGUACUCGUGGCAUCAAUGUCUGGAGCAGGUUGAGAAGGAACGUGAGAGAUUAGAAAAAGUUUAUGAGAAAACUAGCUUGACCUACAAAACAACCAUGACUGCUGCCGUGAAUUUAGCUCUACGGAGAGAAAUGAAUGCUGAGAUUAUGCUUCAUGCAUUUCGUUUUCUAUCCGUGAUUGCACCAGAUCCAAUCCCUUUGACGUAUGUUGUGGAGUACGUUGUACAGUACCUGCCUGACGAAGAUAGAAAUUAUGUUGCUUCAAGAAUUUGUUCUUCAUCGUUAGUAUUAUCAUUGACGAGGGAAAUACAGGACAUUAACAUCCAUCAAGURGUUUACCACUAUGUAGACGAAUGUAAGCCUGGUGUCCACAACUGUCAGUAUCGCUGCAUCAACACAGAAGGCAGCUUCAGAUGCGAUUGUCCCAUUGGUUACAUUAAAAACGGAGCGACAUGUGUAGACAAGGAUGAGUGUAUGAUGACACCAAAUCUUUGCAGUGCUGAAGACACUUGCGUUAACACUCCGGGUAGUGACGAAGAAAUGUACAGGCUUCUUUCUUAUACAGACGAAUGUAAGUCAGGAGGGGUGUACUGUCAGUAUGGGUGCAUCAAUCUAAUCGGGGGGUACAGGUGUGGCUGUCAGCCUGGAUUUACUCAAGACUACUACUUCAAUCAAUGUGUUGGUAAGAAAUAUCCCUGCCAUUUUUAUAUGUAA